AUGGCACCCGGAAUGAGAAGUCCAUACGGUUUACCAAGUAUUCUUUUUUUCUUUGCGUCGAGCUUAGUGGAUGACGGCACUCCGGCGUACCCUUCUUCCCACCAGUCACGCGACAAUUGUUCCGUGAACAGCGACAUGUACUACCCCAUGGAUGACCACCAUCGUUGGGAGUCCCCCUACUCCUCCAAUCCCUAUCCCCAGCAAGACUGGCGCGACCCCUCCCUCCCUGCCUGCGGCAGCACCGAGUUUUACCCGUCUCUGUACGAGCCGUCCCCGUCGCUCGGCUACUCGGGUCCCGUGUAUCCCUCGGAUCGUCCGCUUCCUCUGCAUCUCUCCCCCGAAGAGAGCUACACCAACCCCUCCCUCUACGACUUCUCCGACCUCUCCCACAUGUCUCGCGGCUACGGAGAUGCCUAUCAAGACCCGUACCGAGACUCCUGGUCGCCCCCGACCGACAACUUCUGGGUCAACGUUCCCGCGCAGCCCUUCGACUCCUCUGCGUCCUCGCGCGGCGUCUUCGGGCUCAGCGACAGCCUCUAUCUGGACCGCAUGGACGUCGACGGGAUGAGCUCCUUCAACUCCUCCACCGGGGUCUACGCUCCCAAGCUCCACGCGCGCGCCGUGGACCCGCUCCCUGGCUUUCAGACGGGUCGGUCCGCCCUGCCGCGCGCAGGAGGCCUCGCUCCCGCGGGGACCAGCACGAUCUCCCCGCCGGUGCAUCUCUCGCCGCUGUGGUCGCUGCCGGUGUACCGGUCGAUCUGGAACGCGCUGGAGGAGUCGAAGAAGGCGCAGCUGGCGAACGCGCCGCUGCUGGAAGACCCGGGCGACCCGGUGGCGAUCAAGCGGCUGAUCGACCGGGGCAUCCAGGAGAAGAAGUCGUGCCGCAUCACGCGGGCGCGGACGAUCUUCGUGGAGCUGGUGGUGAAGUACGCGCGGAACGUGCAGGUGUGGCUGGAGUUCUGCCGGCUGGAGAUGGAGUGCGGGGAGUACUCGAACGCGCGCGUGGUGCUGGAGACCGCGAGCACGCAACACCCGAACAACGAGCUGCUCCUGCAGAAGCGGCUGCGCGUGGAGGAGCGGCUGCGAAGCGUGGAGAACGUGAUCAUCAUAAUCAACGAGCUGCAGUUCAUGGACACGCAGAAGUCGAUGAAGAUCCUGGUGGAAGGGAUCGGGAUUCUCGCGAAGCUGGGAUACGAGAAGAUGGCGUUCGAGUUCAGCCAGAACAUCUCGACGACCUCGAAGUAUUUCACGGGGAAUCUCUAUCUGGAGAUGAUGCUAGGCGAGCAGCGGAGCGGAUCGAUGAAGACGCUCAUGCAGAUGAUCGACAACGCGCUGGUGCUCUUCCCCAAGUACGGUCCGCUCUGGUUUUUCUGCUUCAACCUCACCGAGCAUCUUCGCCAGCUGCAGUGGAACAAGGAGUCCAUGAUGGAGCUCAUCUCCGUGGAGUCCAUGGAGAAAAACGCGCAGCUCGCGCGCGACAGCCUCACCGUCGAUAUUCUCUGGAAGGUUUUCCUUCUCCGCGUCGAGUACUGGUACCGAACCUGCAUGUUCCUCCGCCAGUUCACCUUCGACAACCCCACGCGUCUGAAAGAGCUCGUCGAAGCGGAGCUCUACAUCUCCCACCGCGUCAACCGCAACAUGGCCUUCUGCGUGCAGACCUGCCCGCCCAAUCUUCUCUGGAAAAUGUACAUGACCAUCGGCCGCUACACCUGCCUCCUCGGCUACCGCCAGCUCGGCCGCAAGCUUCUCCAGCGCGCCUUCCGUCUCUCCCCCGUCAAGUCGCGCCACGCCGUGAUUCUGGAGUACAGCAAGCUCGAGUACUGCGCGCUGCAUCUCCCCACCAGCAUCGGACUGCUCAACUACGGCAUCACGCUCUUCCCUUCAGAGUGGAAGCUGCUUCUCGAGCGGAUCCAGCAGCUCGUGCUGAAGGAGCAGUACUCGGAGGCGCUGCGCCUGAACAUCAACGCGCUGAAGAAGCACAUCGGCGCGGGCCGCUUGUGGUCCAGCUACAUCCACAUCGUGCAUCAGUGCGUGUACAGGAGGGGCGUGAGGCGUAGGAUGUUCGGCCCGGAUGCCGCGAUGGCGGUAUUCCACAACGCGCUGAAACACGUGGCGAAGUCGGGCGAGGUGUGGUGCGAGGGCGCGCGGAUCUAUAUGAACCCCACAUCGUCGCAUUUCCAUCUGCUCAAUGCGUCCAAGUGUCUCAACUACGCGGUGUUUUUCACGCCGCAGUAUGGCGAUAGCUUCAUUGAGGUGGGAGCGGGGCGCCCCGAUCAAGUCUAG